AUGGGAGACCCUAACAUGAUCGAAAUCGACGGUUUUAAACUUGUCUGUGAUAAACUCAGAUAAGUGAUGCGUAUCUUUAGCGAUGCUCUUUUCUCUUGAUAAAAGCAAAAUUAAAAUAAAUAAAAAAUCAAAAACAGAAAAUCAAAUUUCCGCGAUCCUUCUUCUCCAACCGCCGAAGAAAAACCAGUUUACUUUCCUUUUUGCACAAAACUUCAGAUAUAAUUUCCCGGAAAAAUAUCGAUUUUCUCAGUGAAACUAGCACCGCAGGGAUACGGAAUUGAGGAAAUAUAGAAAAAUAAUAAUGGCCUGAAUCUUGUAAUAAUUGUUUCUCAAGGAUUUUCUAAGGAAGCCGUGUGAGGGUUUGUUUCUAAAAAAAGGAACAAAGCUACAUUUCGGGUUCUCGUUGACAAAAAUUUGCUUUCAUUCAUGGUCAAAUUUGUUAUGUUAGUAUAUGUAAACGGUCACAUUGCUCCAUUUCCGUAGGAUUUGAUGCACUCAUACGCUAACAUGUAAAAAUGGCUUUCCCAGCUGUGAAACUUUGCAAUUUAGGUUAAGGAAUCGAGUUCUUGCUCUUACUUUUUGUGUAAAGUUUUUAGGGUCUGGCUGCUGAUGCUUUUUUAUUUGCCAUGUCAUGAAUAGACAAGCGUAGAGUUAGAAGUUAGAAGGCAUAUCCUGGUAAAUGAGUGGUACAUUAUUUUCAACACAUUACAUCGUAGGCAAGAGCAGUGGUUGUUCAAUACUGUAAUGCCGUAUACCCUGUGUGAAGACUGGUUUUCAUAUAGAAUACCUUUGGAGCUACUGAAGAAAAAUACCUGAAAAUAGCAUGAUUUUUGGCUGCUUCUGUCAUAUUUGUGAAGUCUGUUAAAGUGAACAAAAAAUGAUCAAGCAAGUCGCACCAUUUUUUUGCCCUUCAAAUCUAAGAAAGUUUAACCUAAUGGGAUGCACUGGUAGUUUUUAUUGGUUCUUUUUUCUUUUUACUCUAGCUGAGUGCUCAAGCAGAGGGAAGACGCUGGUAUUAAACCUGGGUUCAGAAUCAACAUUUGUCAUCAAUUGGCCGAUAUUCAGUGCCAGCAUUUUUGUACUUGUUGCUCUUGUUCUCUCCAUGUAUCUUAUCUUUGAGCAUCUAGCUGCGUAUAAUCAACCAGAGGAGCAAAAGUUUCUUAUUGGCCUCAUUCUGAUGGUUCCUGUUUAUGCACUGGAAUCGUUCUUGUCGCUGUUCAAUUCAAGUGCUGCCUUUAACUGUGAAAUUAUCAGGGACUGUUAUGAGGCUUUUGCAUUGUACUGUUUUGAGAGAUACUUGAUUGCCUGCUUAGGUGGUGAAGAGAACACAAUUGAGUUUAUGGAAGGUCACAACUUAACAGAUUCCAAAUUGCCUCUCUUAAACGAGGCUUAUGCUUAUGGAGUUGUGGAACAUCCAUUUCCACUAAAUUGCUUUAUAAGAGAUUGGCUUCUUGGUCCUGACUUCUAUAAUGCUGUGAAAAUUGGCAUUGUUCAAUAUAUGAUACUAAAGAUGAUAUGUGCCCUCCUAGCCAUGGUCCUUCAGACUUUUGGAGUCUAUGGAGAAGGGAAGUUCGAGUGGAAAUAUGGCUACCCAUACUUGGCAGUUGUUCUUAAUUUUAGUCAGACCUGGGCCCUAUAUUGUCUUGUACAGUUCUAUUCUGUCACAAAAGAGAGAUUAGAACCCAUAAAACCUUUGGCGAAAUUUCUAACUUUUAAGUCAAUAGUCUUCUUGACUUGGUGGCAAGGUAUUGCUGUUGCUUUUCUUUUCUCUAUGGGAGCCUUUAGAGGGGCUCUGGCGCAGGAGCUGAAAACUCGAAUUCAAGAUUACAUCAUAUGCAUAGAGAUGGGUGUUGCUGCUGUGGUUCACCUAUAUGUCUUUCCAGCGGCACCCUACAAACGCGGGGAAAGAUGUGUUCGUAAUGUAGCAGUCAUGGCUGACUAUGCAGCAUUGGGUUCGCCUCCUGAUCCAGAAGAGGUUCAUGAUUGUGAAAAAUCAACUAAAGUACGCUUAGCUCGUCAUGAUGAGAAAGAAAAGCGCUUAAAUUUUCCACAAAGUGUUCGUGAUGUAGUACUCGGAAGUGGUGAAAUAAUUGUUGAUGACAUGAAGUACACAGUUUCACAUGUUGUACAACCAGUGGAAAAGGGAAUUGCAAAAAUAAAUAGAACUUUUCAUGAGAUAUCUGAAAACGUUAAACGUCACCAGGAACAAAGGAGAAGCUCCAAGGAUGACACUUACCUUGUCCCUCUGAAUUCAUGGAAUAGAGAAUUUUCUGAAGUUCACGAUACCCUUGUUGAAGGGAGUAUUAGUGACAGUGGUUUGUCGAGCAGUAAGAAACAGAACCAGUCUAAAGCUUCAGCUUCUCGUGGUAGGACAGCAAGAUAAAUAGGUAAUAAGCAAAUUCCAUAAGGUUUCAAGAGUUUGUUGGCGUUAUUUUUAGGCAACGUCGACACACUUGGUGAGGACAUACAAAAUUCAGGUGUGAAUCUAUCUAGUAUGAAAAGAUGGAUUCCGGAGCUAACUCAUUGAACUGAAAUCUCACACAGGCAAACAAGUAAGAAGUUUCUCUAACCUAAACACUGGCUUUAGUGUAUGUACAGAUGAAAAUGAUGGAUCAGCAACUUUAAUAGUUGUUUGAAUCUGAUGGACCAAGUAAGCAUUUUCAAGCCUUUUUAACCAUACAGAGUUUUUUCGGAUCCUGUAAAGCUGUGCACCGUAUGUGAGUAAGUAUGAACAUUUUAACUGCGAAUUUAUCCAGCUCCAAGCCUUUGGUACAUAAAAGCUUCUACAUUGUUAACAUUUGUUCCUUUUUUAUUUAGACUGCUCGGUUCAGAGAACUAUUUUCCUGUUAUCGUAAGAGAUGUUACACUGCAUGUGAUUAAAUUGGCUGAAUGUUUGUUUUAUUUUAAGUUUUACAACACUAGUUCCCAAUCUUUUCAAUCCGUAUCAGUUAGUCUCCAGCAUGUUCAAAUUAAAUCAUUUAGGUCUUCAAAUGUUUUUCUUCUCUCUUUAUAUAAAACAAUAUUUUUAUU